AUGUCUUCCAGUGACAAACAAGACAAGAACGCGGUUAUCGAACCUGUGCAACAUAUCGAGACAUAUCAUGAACACGAUAUGGACGAUAUUGAACAAGUCAAAGAACGUAAUCUCGAAGUGGCAGAUGAUGAUGCGAGAGAUUACGUUGAUACUACCAUUGUGAUCAACGAAGAUAUGAAUAAAAAAUUACGAAGGAAGAUUCACAUAAGGUUAUUACCUUUGAUGUGUCUGGCUUAUAUCACUCAAUCAUUAGAUAAGGGUACACUUGGGCCUUCCUCCAUAAUGGGCUGGCUCGAUAAUGUUGGUGCAAAGAAUCAAGAUUACGCAUUAACUUCGACUUUUUUAUGGUGUGGAAUCAUUUUGGGUGAACCAAUCGCAGGUCAAUUGGUUAGACGAUUACCAUUAGCCAAGAUUUUAGGUACAUCCAUGUUAAUUUGGAGUAUCCUAUUACUGGGCCUUACUUUUUCUUUGAGCAUACCACCUGUAUUUGCUAUCCGUUUCUUAUUGGGUUUCUUUGAAAGUGUUUUCGGUCCAGUCCUUCUUUCCAUCACUGUUCAAUGGUAUUUGAAAUCUGAGCAAGCAUUCAUUUCCUCUAUUUGGCAAAGUAUGCUGGGUGUCAGCGGAUGCGUUAUCAACCUUAUGGCUUAUGGCUUCUACCAUAUCAAAGGGCGCACACACCAUAUGUAUAGUUGGCAAUGGCUUACUUUGACCGUCGCCUUAUUCUCUUUCAUUGCAGCAAUUGUGAUACUUUUGUUUCUACCUGAUUCACCUACACGAGCACGUUGGGCGACAAAGGAAGAAAAAGUAUUAUUUGUAGAAAGAGUAAGAUCGAAUGCUCAAGGUAUCAAACAAAAAGAAUUUAAAAGAUAUCAAGUGAUUGAAGCACUCACCGAUUCAUACACUUAUCUCUUGUUCCUUUUGGCAUUGUUCAACACUUUGGUUGUUGGCGGAAUUGGUAAAUUCAGUUCAUUGCUCAUCAACAAAGCUUUUGGUUUCGAUGUUUUACAAAGUCAAUUACUUUCAAUCCCGCUUGGAUUAAUGGUAUUCUUGACUUAUAUGUUACAAUAUAUCGUAACCAAGACCAAACAAGCUCUUCUCUGCAUGAUCGCGCUCUGUAUACCGAAUAUUGCCGGUACUAUAGCUUUAAUCUGUGUUGCUCCCUCGCCCUCCAACCGAGGUGGGCUUUUGGUGGCGUUCUAUUUUAUGCAAUUCUUCCAAUCUUGUAAUCCCGCUAUCUUCUUGAUGUUAUCCCGUAAUUCAGCUGGUCAAACUAAGAAAUCUAUCACCUACGCAACUACUUAUAUGGCUUGGGCAGGCGGCAACGCAAUUGCACCUCAAUUAUUCCAAGCUCCUUGGGCUCCUAGAUAUCUCAAUUCGUUGAAAAUCCACUUGGGUUUAUAUGGAGGAUUUAUCCUUACUUGUUUGGCUAUGAGAUUGUUAUUGGUCAGGAGAAACAAAAGGAAAGUCGCUGCUCAAACUAAUUCUCAAGGUCAAGAAAUCAAUACCAAUGCAAGAGCUUUCGAAGAUUUGACAGAUAUCGAAAAUCCUGAUUUCAGAUAUUCACUCUGA